AGUAUGAGCCAAGACGAUAAGCAAAAGCUUGUGGAGGUCGAGACCGUGAAGAAAUUCGCGUUCUUCGGAAUUGCAGUCUCCACUGUUGCCACUUUGACAGCUAUCGUUGCAGUCCCAAUGCUUUGCAUGUACAUGCAAAACGUUCAAUCCGGACUUCAAGAUGAGAUCAAUUUCUGCCGUACUCGUUCCGACUCUCUUCGUGGAGAAUACACCAAGCUCGAUCAAUUCCGUAAAGCUGAGAGCCGUGAGAAGCGUCAAACCUACCAAUGCUGCUCUUGCGGAAUUGGACCAGCUGGAUCCGUUGGAAACCCAGGACAAGACGGAGCCCCAGGAAAUGACGGAAGACCAGGAGCCCCAGGAGCCCCAGGACCAGAUGCUCCAAAUGAGCACGUUCAACCAACUCCAGCCGAUUUCUGCUUCGAGUGCCCACCAGGACCAGCCGGAAACGCCGGAAACCCAGGACCAAAGGGACCACCAGGACAGCCAGGAGCACCAGGAGAGCAAGGACCAAAUGGACGCCCAGGAGCCCCAGGAGCCCCAGGACCACAAGGACCACCAGGAACCGCAGGAAAUGACGGAACUCCAGGACAACCAGGAGCCCCCGGACAAGUCCGCACCGUCCCAGCCCCACCAGGUAACCCAGGACAGCCAGGAGAGCCAGGAGCCCAAGGACCACCAGGAGAGGAUGGACGCCCAGGAAACUCAGGACCACAAGGACCACCAGGACCACAAGGAGAGCCAGGACAAGAUGGAGCUCCAGGAAACCCAGGAGCACCAGGAGAGGCUGGAGAGCCAGGAAAGGACGGAGCCAAGGGAGGAUGCGAUCACUGCCCAAUCCCAAGAACUGCUCCAGGAUAUUAAUUCCUCAAUUGCUAUUUUCUUGCUUAAAUUAUUUCUCUUUCUCUCUACUUGUAUUUAUAAUACCUGUCGAAACAUUUCACGGGGCUCUUCAACAAGAAACCAAUAAAACUAUUGAAAUU